AUGACUCAUCCAGCACUAUCUUUCCUUAAUUGUCCACAGAAAGUGACGCGGCAUGUGUGGUACGUGCUAACCCCUGGCAGCAAAGGCAAGUACAUUCCCGUGGAUGAGGAGAAGGCGCUUAUCCUGGAAUGGACGUACCAGGUCAAGUACAAGGCUGAUAGUGUGGACCAUAUGCACCGCGUGAAGUUUCCGUCGACAGGUGAAGAGGCGCUGUUUGUGGCUGAUGAUGACAUCUAUCUGUUUCCUAAGCCCUGGUUCUCUUCUUUUGGCCCCAAAGAUGUCAAGAAAGGGCAGAGGUUGAGUCGUGGGUACAAACAGACUGACUGGCAACUGCGAGAGCAGACAGCGCGUGAUAACAUUGAUGGCCCAAUUGUCUGUGGCACAUCCGACUCAGCCGAUGAGUUGACGCACGUGCUGUUUGUGGUGCACGGCAUAGGACAGGCAAUGGAGGCAGUGGACAUCACAGACGACACCAACAUGUUACGUGGACGUAUGCACGCCAUGGCCACUCGCUUCCACAACAACCUGCAUGGCAAGUUCUUGGUCAUACCGGUCCAGUGGAGGAAAGGUCUGCAGUUCAACUCAGAGAAUGAAACGUCCAUCGACGACAUCACUGUGGAUGGCUGCAGGGGCCUACGGGAGAUGAUUCAUUCAACGGCCCUGGACGUGCUCUUCUACACUAACCCGCGCACGUGCCAACUAAUCUUCAGCGAACUCGGCACACGACUGCUGGAACUACACGAGAAGUUCACCCUCAGACACCCCGGGUUUGUAGGCAGGGGGGGCAAGUUUUCAAUCUUUGGGCAUAGUUUGGGGUCAGUGCUGUCGUAUGAUCUGCUGAGCCAUCAACACGGCGGUGUGAACAUAGACACGUCCAAAGAUACUACUCCUGUAACGGCCACUGAAUUGGCGGAAACCAUUCCGUCGGAGUACCUCGUGGACUGCGCCACAGACUCAGACGAACUGCGCAAUGCCAAAGAGCAGAUCAGAAAAUUCAAAGCAACGGUCGACAACGAUUUAAUAGCCAGACAACAGCGAAUACAACCACCCCCUCCCGCAACCAACGACCCAUUCCCUGGCUGUGCAGACGACAGCAGUUCACUGCUCCUGCCACCCACCCACGCCAUAGGCACAGGCACACACCGCAUCACCUAUGACGUGCAGUACCCACAGCUGCCGUUUGAGGUCGACACACUCAUCCUCAGCGGCAGUCCCAUUGCGGUGUUUAUGCAGGUGAAGCAGCUCAGGCUGAAGAAAGGCAACACCAACAGUCUGCAGUCUACCGGGGCCCGACCAUUGGUCUGUAAACUAUAUAACUUAUUCUACCCGUACGACCCUGUGGCUUACCGAUUAGAGCCGCUCCUUGACAGCAGUUUCCGGUCCACCCGACCGUCCAUAGUGUACUACUACGCGGGUGGGCUGAGACUACACACCGCUGUGUCGCAGACGGUCGAAGGACUGGGUCAGAACAUCCUGGGUGCUAAGCUGGUCAUGGACAAGGGCUUCGCACAGAUUGCCAAAAGCAUGACAUUCAAUAUGGGCGCCUCAAAGGAGAAGGAGCUGGAGCUCAAGCGCAACAGAACCGCCGAUCUCGAGAGAUUAAAACGGGUACAGCAGGAGGAGCAGUUGCAAUUGGCUCAGUCUAUCUUGCAGACUGCCAAUCCGGAUAAAAGGUUGGAUUUCAUGCUCCAAGACUCUCCGGUUGAGAAUGCCUACUUGGCAGCAAUCAGUUCGCACUUCCGCUACUGGGGCGACAAUGAUGUGGGACUAUUCGUGCUCUCCAAAAUGUUCGAACUACCCGAUCCUAUCGAUGAGUAGUACAUCUGAGCAAAAGCCUGGACUAAAUACGCCCAAUAGUAGAUAAAUUAGUUAAUGACUUGUUAAUAUACUCAGCGGCUUUCAUACACUAUUGCAAUGUUGUUAACUCUACUCACGGGUGACGGAAAGUACGAAUAUACUCAGACAGCGGAUUAGGAAGCUUCAUUGCAC